AAACACGAUCAAAAUUUGAGUGAAACAGUAUUCCAAACUUAAAAAUCAAAAUUAGGCCGACGAAAUUAUGACCAUCACCAGCUGGUAUAAGUGGAAUGGCAUGAACUGCAGCAACGAUAUACAAAAUAUACGGCCCAAGGUGAUACAGGGCUUCGAUCGUUUGGAUGGACGCCUUCGGGCGGUAAUUCAGGAGCAGGAUUUUGUGAAGGACUCAAUGAAGCGAAAACAGGCCGGCCAGACCGCUAAACGCAAGAAGUCGAAGCGACCAAAAAGUCCUGGGAAGGCGCGAGCUCCGCGUGCCUUUAGCUUUCAGGAAAUCUAUGCCGAAAAUCAACUGGAACUCCAGCGCCAAGAGAUCAGGCGGCAGAGAAGUGGCUCUACAAUUCAGAGUCGUCCAAUCCCCGAUUUUCAAAAGUUCCACAAGCGUUUAGAGAAGCGUCGGGCUUAUUUAAGUUCUUUGCAGAAGGUAACAAAACUGCAGACUCCCCGAACUCUUAGUGCUUCCCUAGAAGCGCUCAAGAAGAGGAAAAAAAAGGUGAAGACCCAAGAGCAGAACAGCUUCAUACCUCGGAUUAAUAAAAAAUCUUUAAACUAUUUGAGUCGCGCGCCGUUCGUGCCGCGGAUCGAGUCAACCUUCAUCCAACCUCAGCCCUUCAAGCUCCACUCUGAGGUGCGGGCAGAGCACCGUCGGAAGUUCGACGAGUGGAGACGUCUGCGGAUGAUGCAGAACUGGAAGCAGAAAGCCUACGACUGGUUCGACCGGGAGCGUCGGGAGUUUCUCAAGCUGCGUCGCCUGACAAAUUUCAAGGCAAGCCCAAGCCCCUGGAAGAAAGUUUAAGUUGGCGAGUGGAAUGAGUUGGACAGAUAUCCUUCAACUUAUAUCAGUUUAAAUUCAAACAAAAAAAAACAUAAGAAUAUAUAUAUCGUA